GGGGUCUAUGGGGUCAUACAAGAGAGUUAUGGGGGUCCUGGGGGGCUAUACAAGGGGGUUAUGGGGUCCUGGGCAGUCUAUGGGUUCAUAUAAGUGGGUGUAUGGGGUCCUGGGGGUCUGUGGGUUUGUACAUGGGGGUCUAUGGGAUCCUGGGGGUCUAUGGGGAUAUACAAGGGGGUCUAUGGGGUCCUUGGGGUCUAUGGGGUUGUACAUGGGGGUCUAUGGGGUUGUACAUGGGGGUCUAUGGGGUCCUGGGGGUCUAUGGGGUUGUACAUGGGGGUUAUGGGUCCUGGGGAUGCUCGGACACCUGGGUUCCCGGACACCUGGGUCCCCGGACGCCUGGGUCCUCAGAGCAGUGGGGUGUGUGUGUUGGAGUUGGGGGUCCCCGGAUGCCUGGGUCCCCGGACGCCUGGGUCCCCGGAGCAGCAGGGUGUGUGUGUUGGAGUUGGGGGUCCCCGGACGCCUGGGUCCCCGGAGCAGCAGGGUGUGUGUGUUGGAGUUGGGGGUCCCCGGACGCCUGGGUCCUUCCUCAUUACUGGGGUGGCUCCUGCUUGCUGGGGGGUGGCCCAGGAGACCUGGAUGCCUGGGUCCCCCGGACGCCUGGGUCCAUUCCCACAGGUGCUACUCUGGCACACCCAGGGGGUCCCUAUGGGUCCCUAUGUGUCCCUAUGGGACUCUAUGGGUCUCUAUGGCUCCCUAUGGGUCCCUAUAGUUCUUUAUGGUCCAUAGAACCAUUCUCUAUGGGUCCCUAUGGCGCCCCAUGGCACCCCAUGGGUCCCUAUGGGUCCCUAUGGCUCCCUGUGGGUCCCUAUGGCUCCCUAUGGGUCUCUAUGGGUCCCUAUGGCUCCCUAUGGCUCCCUAUGGGUCUCUAUGGUUCUCUAUGGCUCCCUGUGGGUCUUUAUGGGUCCCUAUGGGUUCCUAUGGUUCUAUAUGGGUCCCUAUGGUUCUUUAUGGGUCUCUAUGGUUCUCUGUGGGUCUCUAUGGGUCUCUCUGGUUCCCUGUGUUUCCCUAUGGCUCCCUAUGGCUCCCUAUGGCUCCCUAUGGCUCCCUAUGGCUCCCUAUGGGUCCCUAUGGGUCUCUAUGGUCUCCCUGUGGGUCUCUAUGGGUCCCUAUGGUUCCCUAUGCUCCCUAUGGGUCUCUAUGGUUCUCUAUGGUUCCCUGUGGGUCCCUAUGGUUCUAUAUGGGUCCCUAUGGUUCUAUAUGGGUCCCUAUGGCUCUCUAUGUUUCGUUAUGGCUCCCUAUGGCUCUCUAUGGCUCCCUAUGGGUCUCUAUGGUUCUCUGUGGGUCUCUAUGGGUCUCUCUGGUUCCCUAUGGUUCCCUGUGUUUUCCUAUGGCUCCCUAUGGCUCCCUAUGGUUCCCUAUGGGUCUGUAUGGCUCCCUGUGGGUCUCUAUGGGUCUCUCUUGUUCCCUGUGUUUCCCUAUGGCUCCCUAUGGGUCUGUAUGGCUCCCUGCGGGUCUCUAUGGGUCUCUAUGGGUCUCUCUGGUUCCCUAUGGCUCCCUGUGGGUCUCUAUGGCUCCCUAUGGCUCCCUAUGGGUCUGUAUGGCUCCCUGUGGGUCCCUAUGGGUCUCUCUGGUUCCCUAUGGCUCCCUAUGGGUCCCUAUGGCUCCCUAUGGGUCCCUAUGGGUCUCUAUGGUUCUCUGUGGGUCUCUAUGGGUCUCUCUGGUUCCCUGUGUUUCCCUGUAGCUCUCUAUGGGUCUCUAUGGCUCCCUAUGGGUCUCUAUGGCUCCCUGUGGGUCCCUAUGGCUCCCUAUGGGUCUCUAUGGCUCCCUAUGGGUCCCUAUGGCUCCCUAUGGCUCCCUAUGGCUCCCUAUGGCUCCCUAUGGGUCUCUAUGGCUCCCUAUGGGUCUCUAUGGCUCCCUGUGGGUCCCUAUGGCUCCCUAUGGGUCUCUAUGGCUCCCUAUGGGUCUCUAUGGUUCUCUGUGAGUCUCUAUGGGUCUCUCUGGUUCCCUGUGUUUUCCUAUGGCUCCCUAUGGGUCUCUAUGGCUCCCUAUGGCUCCCUAUGGCUCCCUAUGGGUCUGUAUGGCUCCCUGUGGGUCUCUAUGGGUCUCUCUGGUUCCCUAUGGCUCCCUAUCGUUCCCUAUGGCUCCCUAUGGGUCUCUAUGGUUCUCUGUGAGUCUCUAUGGGUCUCUCUGGUUCCCUGUGUUUCCCUAUGGCUCCCUAUGGGUCUCUAUGGGUCCCUAUGGGUCUCUAUGGUCUCCCUGUGGGUCUCUAUGGUCUCCCUGUGGGUCUCUAUGGGUCCCUAUGGUUCCCUAUGCUCCCUAUGGGUCUCUAUGGUUCUCUAUGGCUCCCUGUGGGUCCCUAUGGUUCUAUAUGGGUCCCUAUGGUUCUAUAUGGGUCCCUAUGGCUCUCUAUGUUUCGUUAUGGCUCCCUAUGGGUCUGUAUGGCUCCCUAUGGGUCCCUAUGGUUCUCUGUGGGUCUCUAUGGGUCUCUCUGGUUCCCUAUGGUUCCCUGUGUUUUCCUAUGGCUCCCUAUGGCUCCCUAUGGUUCCCUAUGGGUCUGUAUGGCUCCCUGUGGGUCUCUAUGGGUCUCUCUUGUUCCCUAUGGGUCCCUAUGGCUCCCUAUGGGUCUGUAUGGCUCCCUGUGGGUCUCUAUGGGUCUCUAUGGGUCUCUCUGGUUCCCUAUGGCUCCCUGUGGGUCUCUAUGGCUCCCUAUGGCUCCCUAUGGGUCUGUAUGGCUCCCUAUGGCUCCCUAUGGGUCUGUAUGGCUCCCUGUGGGUCUCUAUGGGUCUCUCUGGUUCCCUAUGGCUCCCUAUGACUCCCUGUGGGUCCCUAUGGGUCCCUAUGGCUCCCUAUGGGUCUCUAUGGUUCUCUGUGGGUCUCUAUGGGUCUCUCUGGUUCCCUAUGGUUCCCUGUGUUUUCCUAUGGCUCCCUAUGGCUCCCUAUGGUUCCCUAUGGGUCCCUAUGGCUCCCUAUGGGUCUGUAUGGCUCCCUGUGGGUCUCUAUGGGUCUCUCUGGUUCCCUAUGGCUCCCUAUGGCUCCCUGUGGGUCUCUAUGGCUCCCUAUGGGUCUCUGUGGCUCCCUAUGGGUCCCUAUGGGUCUCUAUGGUUCUCUGUGGGUCUCUAUGGGUCCCUCUGUUUCCCUGUGUUUCCCUAUGGCUCCCUAUGGCUCCCUAUGGGUCUCUAUGGGUCUCUAUGGUUCUCUGUGGGUCUCUAUGGGUCCCUCUGUUUCCCUGUGUUUCCCUGUGUUUCCCUAUGGCUGUCUAUGGCUCCCUAUGGGUCUCUAUGGCUCCCUAUGGCUCCCUAUGGGUCUCUAUGGGUCCCUAUGGGUCUCUAUGGCUCCCUGUGGGUCUCUAUGGGUCCCUCUGUUUCCCUGUGUUUCCCUAUGGCUCCCUAUGGGUCUCUAUGGCUCCCUAUGGCUCCCUAUGGGUCUCUAUGGGUCUGUAUGGCUCCCUGUGGGUCCCUAUGGGUCUCUCUGGUUCCCUAUGGCUCCCUAUGGCUCCCUAUGGCUCCCUAUGGGUCCCUAUGGGUCCCUAUGGCUCCCUAUGGGUCUGUAUGGUUCCCUAUGGGUCCCUAUGGGUCCCUAUGGGUCUGUGCCCCCCAU